CCCGGAAGUGACAGCCAUGGCAGACGACGGAUCAGACGGAUCUUUCGGACCCUCUGAACUUGGGACUAAAGAAUAUUGGGAUGCGGCGUAUGAACGAGAAAAGAGAAAUUUUGAGGAUAGUGGGGACGUUGGCGAAAUUUGGUUUGGUGAGGACUGUAUGGAGAGGAUAGUGGCCUGGUUCAGAAAAGGUUCUCUGGUGCAGACAGACAGCAGAAUACUGGACAUUGGCUCUGGGAACGGGGCCAUGCUGGUGGAAAUGGCAAAAGAGGGUUUUACCUCCCUGACAGGAAUGGACUAUUCCCAACCCUCUGUUGACCUGGCAGUCAACAUUGCUGAAUCAGAAAAUGUCAACAUUACGUUCCAGAGAGCUGAUAUCCUGAGCACAGACGACCCGAUCUUCUCAGUGGACAGGUUUGACGUCUGCACAGACAAGGGUACCUACGAUGCCAUCAGCCUGAGUCCUGACGACGCAGCGCAGAAGAGACAGACGUACGUCAGUCAUGUGCACAAACUGCUGAGGGACAGCGGACUCCUGGUUAUCACAUCGUGUAACUGGACCAAGGACGAGCUUUUGGAACACUUCUCAUCAGGUUUCGAGUCAGUUGAUGAAAUACGACACCCAACGUUCAUGUUUGGAGGAAAAACUGGGACCACAACAACAUCUAUUGUGUUCAGGAAAAUAGACAGAUGAAAUGGCCAAACCAUGCUUGGAAGUUGACAUUACCAUUCAAUGGAUCAAAAAUAAAUACACUCACUAUUAUACCUCCGUGUUCUUUAUUGCAUUCAGUAUAUUUGAAUACUUUAUUGUAAGUACUCUGAACUAAAACAUUGCUAAAUACAAAACUUACCAAUACAAUAAAAAUAUUGAUAGUAUACAGUCAUCCUAUAUAACAAUAAACAGAACAAGGCCAGGUUAAAACAUGCAUGGCGCGAUGCAUUAUAAGACUAAUGUGGGUUUGUGUGUCUGUUUGUCCGGACAGAGUAGGUUGACAGCACAUCUGUGGGGGCAGAUUGACAAACAGAGUGACAGAUCAAAAGUUCAGACACAGGAAAUGGGGUGAACUUCACGAAAGUCACGAAAACCCCAAAAUACUUCCCAGUGUUGUCCAGUAUUCAUCCAGAUCCUUCACCUUUGACCUUGAGCAUGCUCAGUUGGAACCUUGAAGCUGCUUAUUGACAACUUUGAUGACUGCGGUUGAGGAGGUUCAUAAGUCAC